GCACAGGGCAACCUCUUCCUCCUCCUCCUCCUCCUCCCGCGGCUUUGGCAGCCUCUGCUCCCUUCUUCUAAGCCGGCGCCCAGCAGCUGCUGCUUCCCUGCUAGAUCCCCGCCACCCGAUCUCCCUCGGCAUUAUCCCCCUCUCAUCUCUUGGAUCUCUCAGGGCUGAGAUCUGCCUUUUUGCCGGAGCCCCUUCCUCGCUUCUCCCGCAGCCAGGGCGAGAUCGCAGCCUCCUCUUCUUCCUGCCAGCUGGGGUCCCUCCACGGCCAGGAGGGCUGCCCUUCUUCCAGUUUCCCCGCAUCCGCCCGGGCACCCAUCCGCCGCUGGGUCUCCCGCCUUCUUCCGGGAUGGCUGCGCCUCAGCCGCUGGGAGCCCAUCGCUGAUGAAUUUGGCCUCCUGCCUCCACCAGCCUCUGCUCCCUGCCCACCGCGGGGGCUGUGCCCACCUUUCCCGCUCGCCACCUCUUUGGCUCCCUUCGGCUCCCAUUGUGACUACCACGGACAGCGCCCCAGGGCUGGAAGCAUAAGCCAAGAAGAACUGACACAGAAACUGCCGCCUGUGCUUCUCGAGCAAGAUGAUUCUGAGGAGAAAGAUGCUGCUUCUCCUAGAACUGGUGAGCUUCCUGGCGAUAUCACAGGCUGCACAUGGGGCGUUUCACUUGAACAUCACAGAAGGCUGCAAACUCAUCUUCCCUCCUUGGGAUGGCGGGAUCCGUUACCGAGGCUUGACCCGUGAGCAGGUGAAGACGGCCCGCUUCCUGCCCUUUGACUACGAAAUUGAAUAUGUCUGCCGGCCCGAACGUGAGAUUGUGGGCCCCAAAGUGCGCAAGUGCCUGCCCAAUGGCACCUGGACAGACAGCGACGUGGAGAGCCGCUGCUUACGUACCUGUCCCAAGAUGCACCUGAGCUUGGAGAAUGGCCAAGUACAUGUCCGCGGGAUCGAACGGGUGCCUGUUGAAGGUACCUGGGUGGAAUAUCGGUGCAAUCCUGGCUUCCAUCUUGUGGGUAGUCCCCGCAGCAACUGCACCAAGGUGGGCCGUUGGAGUUCGCCCAAGCCUGUCUGCGAAUUGUGGCGUCCUCCUGUUUCCAGGUCCGGAUCAGCAAACACAGAGCUCACGAAGCAUCCAGACAGUGCAGCCCUCAACAAAAGAGUGCCGGAAGGAAGGAAGCUAAGUUACCUGCCCAAGUGUGAACCUGGCGUGGCCACCAAAUUCCUCUACGAGCUCCUCUAUAAUGACCCCAUCAAGAUCAUCCUUAUGCCAGGCUGUAGCAGCGUUUCCACCCUGGUGGCUGAGGCAGCACGCAUGUGGAACCUAAUUGUGCUCUCCUAUGGCUCCAGCUCUCCGGCGCUGUCCAACCGCCAGCGUUUCCCUACCUUCUUCCGCACGCAUCCUUCCGCUACCCUGCACAACCCCACCCGGGUGCAGCUCUUCAAGAAGUGGAGCUGGACCAAGAUUGCCACCAUCCAGCAGACCACAGAGGUGUUCACCUCGACUUUGGAUGACCUGGAGGAGCGAGUCAAAGAGGCUGGCAUUGAGAUCACUUUCCGCCAAAGCUUCUUCUCCGAUCCCGCAGUGCCGGUCAAGAAUCUCAAGCGCCAGGAUGCUCGUAUCAUCGUGGGGCUCUUUUAUGAGACGGAAGCACGGAAGGUCUUCUGUGAGGUCUACAAGGAGCGUUUGUUUGGGAAGAAGUAUGUCUGGUUCCUGAUUGGCUGGUACGCUGACAACUGGUUCCGAAUCAAGGACUCAAAUAUCAACUGCACUGAGGAGGAAAUGAGGGAGGCCGUGGAAGGGCACUUCACCACCGAGAUUGUCAUGCUGAACCCAGAGAACACUCGCAGCAUCUCCAAUAUGACAUCACAAGAAUUCAUUGAUAAGCUGACAAAGCGUGUGGAAAAGAGUCCAGAAGAGACAGGUGGCUUCCAGGAGGCCCCAUUGGCUUAUGAUGCCAUCUGGGCAUUGGCUCUUGCACUUAACAAGACUUCAGCUGAGCUGGUGAAGAAGGGGUUGCGCCUGGAAGACUUCAAUUACAACAACCGAACCAUUACAGAUGAAAUUUACCGGGCACUCAACUCUUCAGCUUUUGAAGGAGUCUCGGGACAUGUGGUGUUUGAUGCCAGUGGUUCUCGGAUGGCCUGGACCCUCAUUGAGCAGCUUCAGGAUGGUGUCUACAAGAAGAUCGGGUAUUAUGACAGCACCAAGGAUAACCUGUCCUGGUAUAACAAUGAGAAAUGGAUUGGGGGCUCCCCACCAGCUGACUACACAAAGAUCAUCACUACUUUCCGGUACCUUUCCCAGAAACUCUACAUUUCUGUUUCAGUGCUCUCCAGCAUAGGUAUUCUGUUGGCCAUCAUCUGCCUGGCCUUCAACAUCUACAAUGGGCAUGUCAGAUACAUCCAGAAUUCACAGCCAUACCUCAACAACAUGACAGCUGUGGGUUGUGCACUGGCGCAAGCAUCAGUUUUUCCUCUUGGGCUGGACGGUCUUCACAUCAGCAAAGAACUUUUCCCCUUCGUUUGCCAGGCUCGGCUUUGGCUUCUGGGCUUAGGUUUUAGCCUGGGCUACGGCAGCAUGUUCACCAAGAUCUGGUGGGUGCACACAGUCUUCACCAAGAAGGAAGAGAAGAAAGAACGACGCAAGACACUGGAACCAUGGAAGCUGUAUGCCACCGUAGGAUUGCUUGUUGGACUUGACUUUGUCAUCUUGGCCAUCUGGCAAAUCGUCAGCCCACUGAGACGCACCACCGAGGAAUUCACAAAAGAAGAUCCAAAAAGUGACAUUGAUGUGCAGAUCCUCCCCAAGCUGGAACACUGCAGUUCAGAAAAGAUGAACACUUGGCUGGGCAUCUUCUAUGGCUUCAAGGGGCUGCUGCUACUGCUGGGCAUUUUUCUCGCCUAUGAGACGAAGGGUGUCUCCACAGAGAAAAUCAACGACCACCGGGCGGUGGGCAUGGCCAUCUACAACGUGGCUGUGCUGUGUCUCAUCACCGCCCCGGUCACCAUGAUUCUCAGCAGUCAACAAGACGCCGCCUUCGCUUUUGCUUCCCUUGCCAUUGUCUUCUCUUCGUACAUCACCCUGGUGGUGCUUUUUGUGCCCAAGAUGCGGCGUCUGAUCACCCGGGGAGAGUGGCAAUCAGAGCAGCAGGACACCAUGAAGACCGGCUCUUCCACCAACAACAACGAGGAAGAGAAGUCACGGAUGCUGGAGAAGGAGAACCGAGAACUUGAGAAGAUCAUUGCAGAGAAGGAAGAGCGCGUCUCUGAGCUCCAGCAGCAGCUCAAAGAACGGCAACAGCUGCGUUCACGGCGGCGGUCCUCCAACUGCGCUGCCGACAACCACUUCAACAACUCUGCCUCAGCGUCCGCCGCCACGGGGCCCAACCUCUACCAGCCCAGCCUGCCGCUCGUCCGCUGCCUCGUGGCCGAACAGGCCGACAAGCUGGGGCGCAACAACUGUGACGGGAGCCGCGUCCACCUGCUCUACAAGUGACCGGGGCCCCUUCGAGCGCCACCGAGGGGGAGGGCGGGGCGCCCUUAAGCCAGCCCCGGCAGGGUGGGCCGAGGCGUCAAGACAAAAACGGCGGUCCGGGGACCUUGUACAGUCGGCUGGAGACUUUGCGUUUGGGUUUUUUUGGAAAGGAAAAACAACUGAAGAACUCAUAAUCUCUGACCUUUGUUAAAAAGAAAAAAAACUUUAUGUCUGUCCACCUGCCUGCCCCUGGAACCUGGAAUCCAGGUGCCAACUCUGUGGAGACUUUAUUUUAGAAGUAGAGGGUUGCAGGAAUACCUCCCCUCACCCCCGACCUUUCCCCACACAGGGCAGACGUGGCUUCAUCUGCAGAUGAUCGGUCUUGAGAGGAGUCAACACUGGCAAAGUGGCUGUUCCCUCAGCCGGAAGGGUUCUGUGGCUUUGUGUGUGUGAAGGGGAAAGAAAACUGAUGAUGAUGAUGAUGAUGAUCAGCUACUGCAUGACAUGGUUGCUUCUCCUGGGCAAUGAUCUAGAGACAAGAGACCAGCAGCUGCAGUUAGUCCUGUAAGAGCCCGGCCAGUUCAGGGUGCAGCUGAGCCGUGUAGUGUUGCCGUUGUACUGACAGUCCGACUGUCCUGCACAACCUGCUUUUCUCCUUCUCCACCAUAAAUCUCUUUCUUCCGGCUGCAGCCAGGCUCUCUGGAAGACGUAGGCGCCAAGGCCCAGAGGCUGCCUGCCUGUAUAUAAACAGUAUUUAAAGAGAUUGGUUUACUAAGAGAUUGAUCCAACCUGUAGGACAGUCAUGCUGUUGAGCACAACUGGAACUUCAGACUUAUACGAGUGGGCCUGCGGCAUGUAACCCCAAAGAACUCCAUUUAAUUAGUCAGGAGUAAAUGUAGACGAUGGCAUAUCUGUCCUUCCACGGAGCCAAACAGAUCCUCCAACCUGAGUUGGGCUGAAGGUGGGAGCAAUGACCACCAGCCUCUCUGGCCUUGGCUACAAAGUCAUACCUACCAUCACAUUGUACAUCACAACCAGAUCUCAUUGGGAUCUCCCCGAAAGCUCCCGUGUACAUCUGGGAGGGUGUGCUGCUUACAUCUAGACCACCUGUAUGCCAGGCUAGACUGUGAUGCACAGGUAUAAGACUGAGACACAGUUAGCUUGUGGGGUGAGGGUGAGGCAAAAAGGCAGACCUUGAAACUCUCAAAAUACAAGGGUGAAGAGUAGACCUCUUACCCAGCCAUACAGGGUAUUUCCAAAAAAAGAAAAAACAGCCUACAAGGGAAAGCACAGCCAGGGUGCUUUCUUCAGGGUAACAGGGGUGGGGGGCACAGAGAGCAAUUUGCCCCAGAAGACAAGAGCACUGUGCCAGUUCCCUUCUAACCAGAGGACACAGGAAGGCAUCCUUUCUAAGGAAAUAUGGGGUAGGUAGGGAUGUUUCAAGAGGUAUCAUCAACUUGGAACUGUCCUUAAGUGCGUUCUUGUUCAUACUGAGCCACAGAAUCCUAAGCCUUCUGUUUUGGACUGAGAAAGGGUCAUAAGAAGGGGACGUCCUUGCCACUAUUGCCUUCAUCGGCCUCCCCACCAAGUUGGCCAAGGAAUGUAAGGAACUGGAGCCACCAAGGGAGGGCCAAGAGUUGGACAGGAUACUGACCCAGAGGGGCCAGCCGCUACCCUUACAACCAGCCCUGGGGCUUCCUCAGUCAUGUGUGUGCGUGUGUGUGUGUGUCUGUGUAUGCAUUCUGCAUGCAUGUGUCAGUGCCAGUUCCUCCCUGCCCUUCUUCAUUUUGAGCACUUUAUGGUCCCAGCGGAUGUGGGGAGUCGUGGAUGCUGUUCUGUCGAGGAGGGGAAGCCCAGAUGCCUGCCAGACUUUCCCCAUCCAGCAUACAGCUGUUCUUCAGUAAAAAUGAUACAAUAUGAGA